CAGCAAUUGUCAGGUGGACAGAGGAGGGGGGGGGCUGUCUAUUUUAACAAGCCAUCCACACGAUACUUUGGGCACGUAAAUCUUUGAGUAAUAACCAUAAAGUGCUUUUCCUUGUCUCAGCACACCACUACCUUGUCUGAUUUCCCGUCAACGUCAAGGUACAAUAAGCUGCAGCAAUGUCUGAGGGACCGUCCAAGAGAAAGCGAAAGUUUGCUGCUACACGCCGACUCCUUUUGAAAUCCAAACUGCUGAAAAAGGCAGCUGCUAUGCUGGUGGCUGAAGGUGAAGAGAAAGAAAGGGAGAAAGAAAGAGUUGUGAAUGAGUCAUACCCUCCACUGCAGCUGUCAGGAAUGUCAGUCCAGGAGCUCCAGGAACUUUGCAAAGAAUUACAUCGUAAAAUUGACGUAGUGGAUGAAGCACGUUAUGAUAUGGAGGUCAAAGCAGGCAAAAACGAGAAAGAGAUUAUAUCACUCAGUCAGAAGAUCAUUGAGCUGAAGGGUAUAAAGAGGCCCAAUUUGAAAAGGGUCAAGAAAACAACAGACGAUAUGCUGGGUGCAUGCACCGAGACCUCCAGACUAACAAAGGCUGAUUUCAAGGCCAACCUGAAGACAGUAAAGAAAGAAGAUGAAAAGAGGGAAGAAGUGACGGACUGGCGGAAGAAUGUGGAAGCCAUGUCCGGCAUGGAAGGCAGAAAGAAGAUGUUUAAUGCUGGACAGUAAAAAUUUGCUCAUGCUAAAAAUAAAGCUGUAUUAGCAACACAUCUUGCUAAAAUAAAGCUUUAGUUUGCAAUGCAUAAGCUGAAGUGAGUGAGUUUUUAUCUGAGUGAAUUAAAACUUGUCAACAUGACUUAAUGUACAUUUGUAAGUAGAAAAAAAACUGUAUGCUUUGAAUGCAAGAAUACAUAUUACGUAAUAAAUUCUAAUAUUUGCACAUUAAAACUGCACUAAAGAAAAUCCAGAUUAGCUUGAUUUUGAUUUUUCCUUUCAAAGUGUUUUUAAUUGCAUAUCGCUAUUUCAAUAUCUGCAGUAUGUGUGUUGCCAAUUAAACAAAUGUGCCUGUA